AUGGUUGUCGGCAACGAUGAAUAUUCCAUCUGGAGAACAGCACCUGAUGCCCUCCGAUUGUGCUACCAGCACUUCCUCUGGCGCGAAGUCAACAAGAGCAACAUCCAUCCCUCGAUCGACCUGAGUGACAAGCCGGAUCUACGCAUUGCUGAGCUUGCUGCUGGUCACUGUCUGUGGGCUAUGCAGGUUGCAGAAGAAUACCCUCAUGCUCAGGUAGAGGCUUCAGACAUCAGCUUGGGCCUCGCACCUCCACAGCCUGACCUACCGCCAAAUCUAUCGGUGACCAAAUGGAGUUUCUUCGACCCGGUUCCUGAGCACUGGAAAGGCGCAUUCGAUCUUGUCCAUAUCAGACUUGUCAUCCAGGUCUUCGGGGGGAACCAGGAUCCUCGAGCCGUGUUGGAGAAGUUUGUGUCAAUGCUGAAACCGGGAGGCUAUCUCCAGUGGGACGAGUAUGACUACUUUGACGCAGACAAGAACAAUGUCUACUCGGCCAACGAUCCCACCCGCAUUCCCAACCCAGAGGUCACACACAACUCCUCGACCCAGCUUUGGAAGAUCAUGAUGAACACAUUCCAGUGGCCAACGGAGUACUUUGAUCGGUUACCAAGAUAUUACGCCGAUGCAGGAUUGGAGAAUGUGGUGGCUGACAGCAAACGGCCACCCCCUUCGAUCUUCCGUGGCUUCUAUGAACAUUGGUAUGCCCUGGUGGCGCAGUUGAUUCCCGUGCUGGAAGCGAGGGAUAUGGAGGCAAGUCAAGACGCACGACAGCUUCUGGCCCAGAUGAAGAAAGAUGCCGUGGUCGAUGGUGUUUACAGUGCACAUAUCACCAAGUUCAUGGUCGGGAAAAAGCCUGAAUCCAGUGGGUGA